AUGGAUCAUGACGAGAAACCAGGGUUGAUUGCGAGCCACGUCGCAAAGACCCUCGAGUCUUUUCAAAAUUUCGAGGGCGCUCUUUCCAAGGCUGCCAGGUCUAAUGACGUCUUGGAGGGAGCCACGUUGAACAAAUAUCUACUCCAGACAGAGAAUGAUUUCACUCGAUUUAAGAUGUGGGUCGGUAAUCAGACAGCCCAUCAAAGCGGUCCUUCCUCCCUCGAUGGUCGACUUAGGGAAGCCGCCCAUCUGCAACAACAGGUUACCUACCUCCUCAAGGGCAUGUCUGAAUCCUUACAAACUGCAACGUCGCUGGUUCAAGACGACCCUUCCUUUCUAGUGCAGAGCCAAGAGGAUGGAAAGCAUGAAGCCUUUCAACACGACGACUCUCACUCCUGUUCUUCAGACUCAGCCGAAAGCGAUGAGUCCGACUUUUCUGUUCCUGGUUCCGAUAACCUGCCGAGCUCAGGUCUGCCCACACUCCUAACCGACAUAGGAGAAGUUGUUGAUUGUCUCCUGCGUCUGUCAGUAGCCACCGCCAACCCAGCACCGCACGAGCACUUUCGCAAACCUUACACCAAGCCGAAUGAAAUCAGGUACUCCCCUUCAGCAUAUGAGCGAAGCGAUAUCGAACACGUCAGAAAGAGAUUCCCCAGUAUCACCGAUGAUAUGGCAAAGAAUUUGGCGAAGUUCAUCACUCGCCGACAUCGAUUCUUCAAAGAUCUAGAGGCGCAUCGUAGAGAGUUAGCUUCCAACAGGGAAAACGAUAAAUACUACACUGAGCUCAUCCAAGAAGAUGCUCCAUCAGAUGAUGAUAUGUCACAGACUACUUCCGCUCAUCACUGGUUGUUUGCAGGUACUGGCCCGGAUACAGUACCCCCACGGCCGAGCGCGACAGAAGAUGGGAUAUUCGAGUGCCCAUUCUGCUAUAGAAUGAUCUGUGCAAAGACCUUUACCGCAUGGAGACAGCACGUGUUUGGGGAUCUCCGUCCAUACAAAUGUAUCGAUCGCAACUGCAUCGAAUCAAACUCCGACUUCGAUCGUCGCCGCGACUUGCAGUCGCAUGUUUCUAAAUACCACUGGCGAUCGUGGUCAUGUCCCUUCAAAUGUCAGCAGCAUUUCCCUUCCGCAGCAGAACUCAGAGUUCACAUCAGAGAACAUCACUUCCCAGCAGGAACCGAAGAUGAGCUCAAGUCAAUUACAGCUCUAGGUGAAAGAGACGCACCAGAUAGUACCUCCAGUCCCUGCCCUUUGUGCGAGCACUUGGCGACGGGACUUGCAGAAUAUAUCGACCAUGUUGGUUUUCAUCUUGAAAAACUAGCUCUUUUUGCUCUGCCAACAGUAGAAGUUGCCGGCCCUUUGGGGUGGGCUUCUGGGACCAGUUGGAUUCCUGAGUCUGCUCGGAUCCGAGAUCCAGGUUGGCUGACGAAAUACACGAGCGGAAGCGGCGAGGAGAGUAGCUCCAAACCCGGAGCUGAUGCAGAUUCCACACAUUCACUCUCUGCACGACAACCACCAUUCCAAAAAGGUCCACUAGAGUUUUUCAAGACUCAGCUUCGUAUAUCUUUACUUAAGCUCGCCGGCACGAAGCAACAGAUGCGUCACUUAAGCCCUGGGGAAGAGCGCCGUGACGAUGAGGCCCACCGCUUUGCGCGCCGCGAAGAAAAGAAGAAGGCAGAGGAAGAACCCGACCAAGUCUUUGAACCUGUUCGGUCCGAGCAGUACUACGGUGUUCCACAGUCUUGGGAAGCAGACAAUCAACCUGAGACAACCCAGAGUACAAAGACGCAAAUAAAAGGCAAAGGCAAAGCUCAGGAUGAGGGAGUCCUUUGCAACACCAAGGUUAUCCAAUGCGAAAUGGUGCACAGUCGCCAUGGUACGACACCCCUGCUUAUGCCGAACCAGCUGCUUCAAAACCGUCUACGGACGACUCCGAUUAUCAUUCGCCGGCUUCCCCACAAGCCUGUCACGGGGGUUGUUCUACAGCUGAGAGGUAUGGAGAUGGAAUGA